AAUCACUGGAUCAAAGAACAUGAAGAUUUUUAAGACUCUUGACAGUGCUCUAUUGCUUUAAAAAUCAAUUUACCAUGCCACCAGUAAUGUAUAAAUAAUUAAGUUUUUAUCGCAACCUUGCUAGAGUUAUGCCAUAUAACUUGAGGCGAUAGUUCAUAGAAUCCCUAAAGUAUUCCAACUACCCUUUUUCUGAACAGACUGUUAGCUCCUUAAGGACAGAGAUAAUGUCUUAAUUAUGUUCAUUGCCUCCUAUUUUUUAGGCCAAAUAUUUCUCUAAUAAUAAUAAUUACAACAUUUAUCUGAAAUCCCUCUGUGUUAAAUCAUAAUAGUGUGCAUAUGGUGUAGUGAGAAAAAAAAUCAUCAGUUUUGAAAUCAAACCAACCUGUAUUUUAAUCCCUGAUUCAUUAUUUGGGCUUCACUUAAGUCACCUUAAUUUCCCCAAUAAUAAACAGGUUAACAACAAUCCUUGUUUUCUAGUCAUGAUGAGUGUUCAAAUGAGAUAUCUGUGAAGAUCCUAGCACCAAGUACAAAAAUUUUGGUGAAAUAGUGCAACUUUUAGAAGAAUUCUAUAUUUAUUAUGAAAAUAGCUUGUGAAUGUUUAUUUUUUUAAGCCAGGAAGAAAAAAAAAUCCCUCAUACAACACACCUUGUCCUCAGCUCAUAAAGUUCUCAUCUUACAGUUUUGCUAAUUAUCAUGAAAAAAAAAUCCCCAUGAAUUUCAAUUCUAGUAAACUGUCGAAAUAGCAAGCACCUGGGGUAUCUCUUGGGACAGUGCAGGCUGCGACAGUAGACCUGGGAUCAGCCAUCUCUCUAGAAAUAGUACCAGGCAGUAACCUCCAGGUGACUAAACGAGGCUCCGUCUGCACAUACAAGCUUAGAAAGCUUUAUGAUUAUUAGUCCAGCCUGCUGUGGGGAGGAAAUAACACACAGAAGAGUACAAAUGGAAGUCAAAUUCAUCACGACAUCCAGUCAAUUUCCAAACAGACACUACAAAUGGAUGUAAACAAGCUGAACAUAACCUUGCUUCGGAUAUUCCGCCAAGGAGUGGCUGCAGCGUUAGGACUCUUACCCCAGCAAGUGCACAUCAAUCGCCUCAUUGGAAAGAAGAACAGUGUUGAACUAUUUGUGUCUCCCAUAAACCGAAAAACAGGAAUUUCUGAUGCUCUGCCAUCUGAGGAAGUGCUGCGUUCACUUAAUAUCAAUGUUUUGCAUCAAAGUUUAUCCCAGUUUGGAAUUACAGAAGUCUCCCCUGAGAAAAAUGUUUUACAAGGGCAACAUGAAGCGGACAAAAUCUGGAGCAAAGAAGGAUUUUAUGCUGUUGUCAUUUUUCUCAGCAUCUUUGUUAUUAUAGUAACGUGUUUGAUGAUUCUUUAUAGAUUAAAAGAAAGGCUUCAGCUUUCCUUGAGACAAGACAAAGAGAAAAACCAGGAGAUCCACCUGUCACCCGUCACAUUACAGCCAGCACAGCCUGAGGCAAAGACGGGCCACAGCAUGGUCCAACCUGAGCAGGCCCCGAAGGUGCUGAACGUUGUCGUGGACCCCCAGGGCCGAUGCACUCCUGAGAUCAAAGCCUCCACCUCCACCUCGGUCUGUCCUUCUCCUUUCAAAAUGAAGCCCAUAGGACUUCAGGAGAGACGAGGGUCCAACGUAUCUCUCACAUUGGACAUGAGCAGCUUGGGGAACGUUGAACCCUUUGUUGCUAUUCCAACCCCUCGGGAGAAGGUGGCAAUGGAGUACCUGCAGUCUGCCAGCCGAAUUCUCACAAGGUCACAGCUGAGGGACAUCGUGGCAAGUUCACAUUUACUCCAGAGUGAAUUCAUGGAAAUACCAAUGAAUUUUGUUGAUCCCAAAGAAAUUGAUAUUCCGCGUCAUGGAACUAAAAAUCGCUAUAAGACCAUCUUGCCAAAUCCCCUCAGCAGAGUGUGUUUAAGACCAAAAAAUGUAACUGAUUCAUUGAGCACCUACAUUAAUGCUAAUUAUAUUAGGGGCUACAGUGGCAAAGAGAAAGCAUUCAUUGCCACACAGGGCCCUAUGAUCAACACCGUGAAUGAUUUCUGGCAGAUGGUUUGGCAGGAAGACAGUCCCGUGAUUGUUAUGAUCACAAAACUCAAAGAAAAAAAUGAGAAAUGUGUGUUGUACUGGCCAGAAAAGAGAGGGAUAUAUGGGAAAGUUGAAGUUCUGGUUAUCAGUGUAAAUGAAUGUGAUAACUACACCAUUCGAAACCUCGUCUUAAAGCAAGGAAGUCACACCCAACAUGUGAAGCAUUACUGGUACACCUCAUGGCCCGAUCACAAGACUCCAGACAGUGCCCAGCCCCUCCUACAGCUCAUGCUGGAUGUAGAAGAAGACAGACUUGCUUCUGAGGGCCGAGGGCCUGUGGUUGUCCACUGCAGUGCGGGGAUAGGUAGAACAGGGUGUUUCAUUGCUACAUCCAUUGGCUGUCGACAGUUGAAAGAAGAAGGAGUUGUCGAUGCGCUAAGCAUUGUCUGCCAGCUUCGUGUAGACAGAGGUGGAAUGGUCCAAACCAGUGAACAGUAUGAAUUCGUGCAUCAUGCUCUGUGCCUGUAUGAGAGCAGACUUUCAGCAGAAACUGUGCAGUGAGUCACUGAAGACUGACCAGACCAUCAAUCUCUUGGGGUGAUUAAUCAAAUUACCCACUUGAGGCUUCAAGAAGGAGCUUCCUGCAGUGGAAGGAAAGAGAAGCUCUGAAGCCAACCUGUGGCAUGGAUUGUGGAAGACUUGGCAACAUGUUUAAGAUUGCCAGCCCCUUGUGUAUAUGAAUGCAUUUGUAAGCAUCCCUCAAACUAUUUUGAAGGUCCUAUGCUGAUGGAGGUAUGAUAGAUUUCUCACAUAGCCUAAGGUGGAUUUCGUUUUGUCUGUACUGACUAUCUGCCACACAGAAUGUAUGUAUGUAAUAUUCAGUGAUAAAUGUCAUCAGAUGGUGACUGGAGGAGCUGCUGAAGACAUUCUUAUUGUGUGUUUAGAUGCUUUAAUGUUUGCAAAAUAUGUCUUGUGAAUGGACUGUCAGCUGUUUAACUGUUCCUGUUUUAAGUGCUAUUACCUUUCUCAGUUACCAGAAUCUUGCUGCUAAGUGAUUGAUAAUGGAUUUUUAACAAAUAAGUCUUUGUUUUUUUAAAAAAAAUUAAAAGCAGUAACUAUUUUAUAUGGAAAUGUGUCUUGAUAAUAUUACCUAUUAAAUGUGUAUUUAUAGCACCUCCUAUCAAUCAAUUACAGAGCACAAUGAUUGUCAUUGGGUAUAUAUGUAUUUACUCUCUAUUAUUAGGCAUAAAAGUGACUUCUGCUCCAGAACUCCAUCCACUGUAUUUCUACAUUGUGAGUUGUUUUACUCUAAAAAGGCAAAACAAAUUUGUAGCAACUAUGAAGUGUCAAGAAUUUUAAAUAUUUGUCUCUCUUUUACUGAGAAGAGAUUUUUGAAUAUGCUGUGUACCUGGAAUUUCUCUCCCAAUAAAAGGCAGAUGCCUUUGGGAAUGAUGUAACCUGUCCCAUUUCCAGAGGUUCUUUAUAAAGAUGCCGCCAUGUCUGUCCUUACAUUUCUGAAAAGUUUUAAUCCUCAAGUGACAAAUAAAGUUAAAAUAACUACCCUCAGAAAACACGAGAUGUUCUACUCAAAUAGGAAUUUUUAAUGCAGCAAUGUUGACUUUGUUUCAUACUGCCAAUAAACUACUCUUAAUACUGAAUAUUGA